UACUUCCACUACUGUUUCAAAUCUAAUACGCGUUUUUGACAGAUCCCAUCCCAUUUGCUUGCUUCUUCAAGACAGCUCUUAAAAAGCCUACCAGUCCAUCAUCAUUGGAGACUUUGCUUACUUUUUGAUUUGCUAGUUCUUGCUUGCAAUUUGCAUUAUCCCUUUUUCUAGCUAUAUAUUUUUGCUCUCUCUUUGUACAUCUUCUAUAUUUAGUCUCAUCUAAACCUCCUACACAAACAAGACACUUUCUCCCCGCACAAAAUAAGCAAUGCCAUCCAUUUUGUUGAGGAUUUUCUUCCUAUACAAUCUCCUCAACACAUUCCUCCUUUCCUUGGUUCCUAAGAAGCUUAGAACCUUUCUCCCCACUUCUUGGUACCCUUCAUCACCACAACCACCACUAAAUUUUUUCAAGAAAAAGGAUAAUACAACUCCACCUUCGUCCACCACCAACCCUUCCUCUUCGUUGCCGGCCUCAUCUCCUCGAAGCAUUAGACGCAGGAUGGAUGCGGACGAGCUCAGACGGGUUUUCCAAAUGUUUGAUAGAAACGGGGACGGACGGAUCACAAAGAAGGAGCUGAAUGACUCGUUGGAGAACAUGGGAAUAUUCAUCCCUGACAAGGAGCUAGCUCAAAUGAUUGCCAAAAUCGACGUCAAUGGCGAUGGAUGCGUGGACAUUGACGAGUUUGGAUCUUUGUACCAAUCCAUCAUGGACGAGCGCGACGAGGACGAAGACAUGAGAGAGGCUUUCAACGUUUUUGAUCAAAAUGGCGACGGAUUUAUCACGGUGGACGAGUUGAAAACCGUCUUGCAAUCGCUCGGCCUCAAGCAAGGUAGGACUUUUGAAGAUUGCAAGAACAUGAUCAUGAAAGUUGAUGUGGAUGGAGAUGGUAGGGUAAAUUUCAACGAGUUCAAGCAAAUGAUGAGAGGGGGAGGAUUUGCUGCAUUAUCUUGAUUAUUUUUAUUAAUACAAUUCUUUUCUUUUCUUUUCUUUUCUUGGGUUCCCUUUGUGUUAACAACAUUACUUUUGAGGGAGUUGUUGUUCUUUUUAGGUUGUAAAUAUAAUAUGAUAUUCAAUUCUAUAUCCUUAAGAUUCCCAAUUCCAAAAAACAAGGGAUAAGACUAGUGAACACAAGAUCCAAAGCAAUGCUCUAAUGGUUAUGGUCAUCCACAAGAAUAUUCAUAGAUGUAUAUCGAUGCCAAGACAGCUGAAGCUAUUGUUGAAUGCUUUCAAAUGUUAUUAAUUUUGAGCACUUGGGAUCCCUUCCAGCAAGGUUUGUAAAAUCUCAAUCUGGCAUUUCUGCUUGCGAUCA